UUAUCGCACUCCACUUUCCUGUGAAGUUGCGUUUCCGGUUGUAAAUAAAUAAUGAGCGAUACGCUGAGAAGCAGUUGAAUUCCAAGUUCCAUGGGAUGCGGGUCAUCCAGAUAUUUAUUUAAAAAUAUUAUUAAAAUAUUUCACUCAAUUAAAAAUCCUCAAUAUCGCCUUUGCCAUCACCAACCCGAUAAAUGGAAACAAAAUAAUUAUUCUACGAUGUUUUAUUUAAUUACUAACAAUUGAGUAAUUGUGGCGCGAUUUAAAAUGGCAAAAGGCGCGAGAUUGCCACCGGAAAUAACAGGAAAACAGAUUUCGCGUGAUGAGAGUAAUUUAAAUCCUGUCAUCGAGAGAGUACUUGAUGAAAUUGAACUUGAGGAGAAAGAACUGCAUGGAAUUGAUCUGGAAGUUCAGCACAUGGACAUGACUGAUAAGGGAAAACGGACAAGAUUGGAUUACACUUAUUCCGCGAAAAAAACCGUUGCCCAGGGGAUGAUGGACGUUGCCCUAAUUACUGCCAAUGCUAAUCAAUUGAGGUACCUCGUGGAGUACCAGAGGGAAAGCCCCACCUUCUGGUUUAUCGUUUUUCUAAUCGCCAUCAGUCUCUCCCUCCAGAUCGCCGUGGGUGUCAGUUUAAUCUUCAAAGGGCGAUUCGAUAUCAAGGGAAAAUCCAAAUCACCACAGGCCAGGAGAAUUAAUAAUUACGUCGUUGUUGGGGUUUUCUUAAUUACAAUUAUAAAUGUCUUCGUCGCUGCAUUCAGCAUCACAAGUCCACCUGUCGGCGGGGGAAAUUCCGUGGUGAAUAAUGCUCCUGUGUAGAGCUUAUCUUGAUUAUUUGAUUACACGAAAUAUGAAUUAAGUGGAGGAGAGAUAAAAUCUUUCGUGAAUUCAGAAAUAUCGGGAGUUGAUCGCUUUAUGCCGAUUUUAAUAUUGGAAUUGUCCUGUUAAAUUUGUUUGUUAUAUUUUUUAAAUAAAACGCUUGAAAAUAA